ACAUGUGAGAGGCUGGUGGCCUGCCUGCCAGCAACCUGUGGGCGAGCAUUCACGGAGAGGGAGGUGGCAGGGGCGUUCGUGGACUGUGCGCGCAUGUGCAUCAUUGCACCCUCCUCCAUCACCACCUAUGCCAACUCUUCCUGUCCCAUGCCAGGGAUCGCAUCGUUGUUUGUCAACACGCCAUGCAACGUCUCAGGCUCAGAAGCAACAGCUCAUUUAUGGCACAGCAGCCGCCGCAAGUUACCUCUCUUUCCUCUCCCCCACUCCCCCAAUCCGUGGUGCAUGGCUGGUUGCUCUCAGGCGCUCCACCGCUUCCGCCACUUUCACAGCUAUGGCCCGACUGACAGUGCUGCAGGUGGCGGUGUCGCGAGCCCUCUUCACCAUGGCCAAGGACAGGUGCCUGGCCGGCCACGGGCCGGGCUCCAAGCGAUCCCACACGCUGGGAGGGCCGGGCAGCGUGCGCUGGCAUGUGGUGGCCACCCUGUGCACCAUUCUGGGGGGGCCUGUGACGACCAUGGAUGAGUGCCGCAUGUAUGGUGCGGACGGGAAGCAGGUGAUGACGCUGGCAGACAUGUUUGCUUACCUCAAGUUCCGCCAUACCGGGCAUGUGAUCUCGGCGCAGCACAUGGUGCGGUGGGUGCAGACGGUGGCAGCGGCUGUGAGCUCGGUCACGCCCGUGCCGGAUGUGGCAGCGGCGCGCCUCAACACGCUCUUGCGCUCCUUUAAUGAUGCUGUCGUCUCCUCCGAUGCUGUCGGCUGCUCUCAAGGCGGAGCGUGGCUGCAGUGGCGCGCGGGAGUGACGCACAACACGACCAUCCAUGUGGGCGACAAGGUCACCUGGGUGUGGGAUGACGACCUCCCACACUCCCUCAAAGUGGCGGGGAUGGGGGAGGUGGACGACCCGCUGUUUCUGGGCUUCGGAGGGCACCGAUUGGCCGUGUCGCGCCAGCUGGCAUGCACUCCCCUGAACGUGGGCAAUGGGGACGCCUUUGAUGAGCCCUUGCCAUGCGUGCUCAAGAUAGACGAUGGGUCCGGUGUCUCCUUUGCGUACAGCAAGGUGUUUGAGGAGCCAAUCACCAUUCACUAUGAGGACGGCACUCUCUCCCUCGACGACUCCUCUUCCUCCUCCUCCUCGCCUUCUACCUCGUCUGCGUCUCUUCUCACUGUGCUGCCUGCACGAGCAGGAGCUGAGGUUGCUGGUGUUGCGAAUGCCACUGACACCAGCACACUCUCUAGCACUGCACGCGUCACCUCCACCAACACCACCACACCCUCCGCCUCCUCCUCCUCAGCAGCCUACGAGUGCUCGCCGGGGUGCCGACUGCAGCGGCUGGCGAACGGGGUGUGCGAUGCGGCGUGCAACACGCCCGCGUGCGCCUUUGACGGUGGCGACUGCGCGUGUGUCGACCCGCUCUUCGGCCCCGGCAUCUGCGCCUGCCCGCCCGGCCACACCCGCCGCGACGACGGCUCCUGUUGUCUGUCCACGGCGGUGGGAAGGGAUCUCAACUUCCCCUUCUCACUGCAGCGCUACGGCCCCAACUACACCGAGAGCAACUUAGCCUUUGCGGCUGAGAGGAGCAUUGCUGCCACACGCUACGUGUCACGCCGCAAUCGUCUGCUGGUCGGCAUGGUGCUGCAACAGGAGCGGCUGGGCACGCAGCAGUGCAGCAGACCGGGGCUGCUGCACCUGGCGGGGUGGUGCAGCAACGGCACGUCCACGGAGCCGUUUGGAGUGAACCCGCACUUCCUGCCCACGUCGGCCAUCUACGACAGCGCUGCCAGCGCCAACAUCACCCAGCUCGACAACAACACCUUCGGCUUCAAACUCAAGUUCAACCCGCAGGGCCUCCCCUACGGCUUCAUCUAUCCCACGGAGUCGCUGACCUCCUACCCUUUGGUGUUUGACAUUAAUCUUGAUAACGAAGCGGCCACAAGGCGUCUACAGUACCUGGUGGAUGGCAGCUACAUUGACAAUGGCACGCGCAGCAUUGACGUCAGCUUCAUCACCUUCAACGGCGAGACGCUCACGUUCGUGCUGACCACAGUGACCUGCACGCUAGACGCGGGCGGCAGCAUGGCAGUGAGCUUCAAGUCGCAGCCGGCAGCCAUGGCGAUGUACGAUGCAUCGGCGGGCAACAUCGCACGGCUGGUGCUGGAGAUGGUGUAUCUGGUGGGGCUGCUCUGGAAUGUGUGUGGCGAGCUGCAGGAGAUGGCCGACCGCGCCGCCACGGAUGGAUCUGUACUCAGCUACUUUGGCUGUUUCUGGAAUUGGAUCGAUAUGCUCUCCAUCGCGCUGCAAGUGACUGCGGUUGUUAUCUGGGUGGUGCUGUGGCGGUACGUGGAAGCAUUUGACAUGCAGCCACGCUACGACAUCUACUACACGCUGCUCGAGAUGCCGCGCUACUGGGCUGUGCCCAACCCGCCCACGGGCUUCAUCAGCGCCACUCAGGCCUUCGCUGAUCUGCGCAACAUCAUCAACCUCCGCGCCGUCUACUUCGCCCUCCAAGGCAUCAAUGUCUUUUUUAUGAUGAUUCGUCUACUCAAGGUGAUGGACUUCCAGCCUUACCUCGGGGUCAUCACGCGCUCGCUCGCCCUCGCCACGCCCUCGCUGCUGCACUUCUUCCUGCUCUCCUUUACCGUCUUCUUCUGCUUCAGCAUGUACGGCUACCUCGUCUUCGGAGGCACACUCGAGCUGUUCUCCACAGUAUCGGAGUCUAUGUUCUCGUUGUUCCUGCUUCUCAUCAACGACAAUGGGUCGGCCUACUUCUUGCAGCGCCUCGAGUCAUGGAACCUCAUAGCCGCGAUGCUCUUCUUUCUCAUGUUCAUCGUGUUCAUGGUCUUCAUCCUCCUCAACUUCCUCAUCGCCAUCAUUGUUGAUGCCUUCAUGGAUGUCAAGGACAGCGACACCGUCGCCACCUCUAUAGCCGCUGACCUUGCUCACAUCAUCAAGUACAAGUGGAACUGCUGGCGCGGCCGCUACCUGCCGUACUGUGUCAUUUUCGACCGCCUUGUGGACUUAGGUGCCAAGGACACUAGAGUAAAAGACGAGAACCCUCGGAUACGCCGCUUCAAGGACAUCCAACGGCGGGUAGCCUUUAUGCUCUCGGGCAAGCGAGGCAGCGGCGACAAGCCGACGCCUUUUGCCCGGUCAGGCAACCACCCCGCCUUCCCGUCCGCCGUCAGCGACUCUCGGGUGCGGCGGCAGCACGUGCUGACAGUGAGGGAGAAGCGCAUCGACGCCAUCUCGCUCGCCAUGAUCCUGCAGCGUCGCCAGGACAGGGCGGCCAAGAAAGCCCGCCAAUCUGCUGCUGCCAUGUCAUCAAGUACGCCUCGCUUCUCCCCGUCCCAGUGUGAGAGUGGCACGCAGUGGGGGGCUGCCCCCUGGACCGCAGACGAGGAGCAGCUGGAGCAGCUAUCGCAGGCGGUGGUGCUGCAAUGCGGCGAGGUGGUGAAGCAGUCCGUCCUGCCCGUCAAGAAGCGUGUGCAGAAGCUCAGCCUUGCCCACGUGCAGGAGAAGGUGGUCCAAGUGCAGGAGGAUGUGAUGCGCAGCCACGAGACAGCGGAGGAACUGAGGGGCAUGAUAGCGGACCUGCAGAGCGACAUGCGCUCCAUGAUAGCCCUGCUCGACCGCGCCCUCCCCUCCUUGCGCGCUCAGGCUCCGCUCCCCACUCCCUCCUCGGGACCACCGCUGCCAGGGUCGCGGUGGCCGGUGCAGCCAUGCCUGAAAGUGCCGCAAGGGGAAGAGGAGGGUGCGGGGCCGGGUGGGGAGGCGGGUGGGAUGGGCGUGGGGAAAGGAGCAGCGGCUGAUGCGGGUGUGCGAAGCGGUUCUGGCCGGUCGAAUGUGAGAGUGGGCUGCUUCCCAUCGCCAUCGUUGAGACGAGCGUCGCGGCAGGUUGUGUUUCAAGAUGAGGUGGAGGAGGGCGGUGAGGGUGGUGCAAGCGCGGAGGAGUCAUGGCAACAGCUGUUGAUCGAAAACGAAGACCAAGUUUCACCGAGAGGAACUGAAAUUAUUGACUGUUUCUCCAGUUACUCUAUAAGGCCCACCCUCAACCUUCCUAGUUGA